UACUUUGUUUGAAUUUGAUAGAUUUGACAACUAUGGAUUGUUCUUCUUGGAUUAACACUUCCUUGGAUCUCAACAUUAAUCCUCAUCAUCAUAGAGUUCAUCAUGAGGAAGUUCCUAAGAAACAGGUUGAAAGCAAUGUUUUCUCAUUGGGGUUGUCCAUGGUUCCUUUGAAAGAAGAGUCCAAUACGGAUUACUUAGAAGAGGAACUGAAGCGUGUGACUGCCGAAAACAAGAAAUUGGCUGAAAUGCUUUCUGUGGUUUGUGAGAAUUACAACACUUUGAGGAACCACUUGAUGGAAUACAUGAAAAAAAAUCCUGAGAAGGAGCUUAGCCCUUCAUCAAAGAAGAGGAAAUCUGAGAGCAGCAACAACAAUUGUGAUCCGAUGGCAUUGGCGUCGAACAAUGGGAACUCCGAGAGCAGCUCGACCGACGAAGAAUCGUGCAAGAAGCCGAGGGAAGAAACCAUCAAGGCUAAGACCUCAAGAGUUUAUGUUAGGACGGAAGCAUCCGAUACAAGCCUUAUUGUGAAAGAUGGAUACCAAUGGAGGAAAUAUGGACAAAAAGUAACAAGAGAUAACCCUUCUCCAAGAGCAUAUUUCAAGUGCUCUUUUGCUCCAAGCUGUCCUGUAAAGAAGAAGGUGCAAAGAAGUGUUGAAGAUCAAUCUGUGCUGGUUGCGACUUACGAGGGUGAGCACAACCACCCCCUCCCUUCUCAGAUGGAGGCAACAUCCGGCCCGAACCGUUGUAUGACCAUAGGUUCGGUACCUUGUUCGGCAUCAAUUAGCUCUUCUGCACCAACAGUUACUCUUGACUUGACAAAAUCCAAGCCCAGCAACAACAAUGAUUCCAAGAUUACAACAAAACCAAAGGUUGAUUCACCUGAACAAGUACCUAAUGUUUUGGUGGAACAGAUGGCUAGUUCAUUGACCAAAGAUCCAAAUUUCAGAGCAGCACUUGUUGCUGCCCUUUCAGGAAGAUUGAUGCACAAUAAUUGAAUUGAGAAUUUGGUGAAAGUGUAGCUAUUUAGCAUAGUGCCAACAAUUUAGGCAUUUUCCAUAAAUGGUUCAUUUUUAGAACAUAGGAUCUUAUUAUAUAUGUAAAUACAAACAUUAGAAAAAUUGAGACAUAUUUCUCAGUUUGAUCCUAUAAGUGGAAAUUAAGAUCCACUGAGGAUGGAUUCUGCAUCAUGGAAAAGAUCUAGGUUACUUCAAAUUUGAUUUUCCAAAUUGAGUUAUUUCCAAAGAAUUUCCUUUCA